AUGAAUUUAUAUUGCAUCUUAUCUAGUACAAGAAAUAAGAGCAUAAAACUUAAAAGUGGAACAAAACAAAUUUUUUUUAUUAAAAAAAAUUUCUUUUCUAAUGAAAAAAAGUAUUUUAAAAUAGGAAUUGUAGGGGCAGGGCCAGCAGCUUUAUAUUGUUGUAAAUAUUUUUUAAAAAAUGAUAAUAUAAAAGUUGACAUUUUCGAUAAAUUACCAAAUCCAUUUGGGCUUAUAAGAUAUGGUGUAGCUCCUGAUCAUAUGCAAGUAAAGAAUACUUAUAAAACUUUUGAUCCAGUUUUUUUAAAUAAAAAUUACAGAUUUUUUGGAAACGUAAAUAUUGGUGUAGAUUUAAAAAUAGAAGAUUUAAGAAGUUAUUAUAACGCUUGCAUUUUUUGUUGUGGUGCUUCUGAUAUUUCUUUACCCAAUUUAGAAAGUGAAAAAAGAAAUGGGAUUUUUCAUGCAAGAGAUCUCAUUUAUUUUUAUAAUAAUUAUUAUGAAGAAUUAAGGUGUAAAAAUAUAGAUAACUAUUUAAAUUCUUAUGAUAAUUUUUCUAAUUCUGUUAUCAUAGGGAAUGGAAAUGUUUCAUUAGAUAUAGCUCGAAUUUUGACUAAGUCUCAUGAUGAGUUGAAAAAAACAGAUAUUAACAGUAAUUUUUUAAAUGCAGCAAAAAGGCAUAAUUUUAAACAUAUUUAUAUUAUUGGAAGAAGAGGAUUUUGGCAAUCUUCAUUUACAACUGCAGAAUUAAGAGAAUUAUUAAAUCUAAGUAACAUAAAAGUUAUAUUAAAUAAAAAUAACUAUGAUUUAUGUUUUCAUUUAAAAAACUAUGAUGAAAAUUCCAGUAUAAAACAAAGACAAAACAAACUCUUUUUAAAUAUGGUCAAAAAUUAUGAAGAUCUUGAAAAAAAUAAAAAUUUAUAUGAGAAAUAUAAAAUUAUUGAAUUCAUUUUCUAUUAUGAAAUAAAAAAAAUUAAUUACAUCAACAAUUAUAUGAAAAAUUUAGAAUUUGAAAUAAAUAAAAAUUUGCAAAUAUCUGAUCCUUCUCUUCAAAAAAAGUAUUUAACAACACCCUUACUUAUAUUUGCUACAGGUUUCAAAAAAAAUGCAUUCAAUGAAAAUUUAUAUAAUAAAUCGACAGAGAAAUUUAAAGAAGAUAUUUUAACAAAUAAAUUUGGAAUUUUUAAAGCGGGGUGGUUUGAUAAAGGAGCUAAAGGUAAUAUAGCUAGCCAAAUUCCAAAUUCUAAAGCUAUCAUUUCCCUUAUUUUUAAUUUUCUUCAAAAUACUACAACAUUUUUUGAUAAUGAUAUAUGUGAUUUAUUAAAUAAAAAGAAAAUUCAUUUUGUCAAUUUUGAUGAUUGGAUAUAUAUUCAAAAUUACGAAAAGAAGGCAGGGAUGCAAACAGGUAAAAUUGCAGAAAAAUUGAACAAAGUAAAACAGUUAUUACAUAUAUUAGAUGAAAGAAAACAAAAAAUGAAUCCCGCUUAA